UCAGUUAAUGCUGGAUCAAAUUUUUAUGACUAUCAUAUUAAUUUGAUAAAUGAAGAAGGCCGUUGCUAGACUCUUACUAUCCAAAGCUGUCAAGAGGGAGCAUCUCUUGCUGUGCCUGGUGGCACAGGACCUGGGCAGAUCUCUCCAGUGCGAGUACAGCUGUCACUAUCCACAGAUCCAGCAGAGGGAAGUGUUGUUCUAAAAUAUGCACCCCCACUACUUGUGGGUAGUACUUGUAAACUGCAAGUCACAGUACUGCGCCAGGAGAUCAAUGAUCUGGAGCCUAUGAAAUAUGUGAUUUAUAAAUUCUCAGAAGAAGACAAAGAAGCUUUAGCAAAUGCCAGAAAGAGCAAGCAUGAUAAUAAUUGGGAUUUGCCAGGGACUGAAGUGAUCUUUGGAGUUUAAAUGUUUUUAUUCUCUUUUGGAGAGCAAAUGUUUAUGGCAUUUUAGAGAUUAAAGGGUUAUGAUCUGAUGGUUUGUGCUUCAGCUAAUUGUGAAACUGUAGGCUUUCAUAUGAAAAGGUGGGAUCUUGAAAAACAGAUGGCCCAAAAUAUACUUGGUGAUCACAAAGCGAGCUGUCAUAGAAAGCUUUAUUCAAAAAGUUUGGCUUCAUUUCAGAACAAUUGUCAUUCAUGAUGCUGUUGCUUCAACAACUCCAAGCAGCAUUGGAGGGCUAAAAGUCAAGUGUGAUGUCACCUUUGUGAAAGAAAGUUCAAUUAGAAAUAUUUUAAAGUGAAAAUUCAGUGUCAAAUAUUACCCUUCUAAAUAUAUGAUACUCUAUGUAGCUUUGUCUUACUUAUUCCAUCAGAUUUCCAAGGAUUGUGUGAGUGAAGAAACUGAAGUGCAUGCUCAAGACAUCCAUUAAUCAUGCAUGCCAGUUUAAACUGUUACUUCUUCUGAAGUUCAAAGCUGGUUUUGUAACACCUAAGCAUCAAGUUAAGAAAGAUCAGGGGAUGGCAUGAUGUGCAAAAUGAAGCUCAAAUUUUCUUAGUGUUUGGUAACUUGAGUCAUUGAUUGAGCAUCUGGGGAAAAGACCUGGGAGCACAGGUGAAGACAAUUCAGCUGUGUGAUUGGAAGGGAGGAGGCCUGGCUGCACCUCUCUUAGACCUCAUCUAAGGGCUGAGUGGCUAGAGGAAGGUUUUUUGGUUGGAGAUCCCUUCCUUGGGGAGUUUUUAUUGUGAGCUCUAGGUCUUCAAAGACAGGGGCUAUUAUUACCAUCCUGUCCUUCUUCAGCUGCUUUCCCUUGAGUGGGCCUGAAUGAAGACAAAUGUGAAGAUGGCAUGUCCAAGGAAUUUUAAAAGGUGUAGACCUCCUGACUGAGAGGCGCUGUGUAUUUUAUUCUUUUAAAUAAACUGCUGUUCUCUCACAGGUGAAAGUCAUGAUCACGCUAACAGAACUCAAAUUCUUAGCAGAUGCUCAGUCAUCCUACCACAUACUAAAACCAUGGUGGGAUGUCUUCUGGUAUUACCUCACCAUGAUAAUGCUGCUAGUUGCUGUGCUUGCUGGGGCACUUCAGCUUACUCAAACCAGAGUGUUGUGUUGUCUUCCUUGCAAGCUAGAAUUUGACAAUCAUUGUGCCGUGCCUUGGGAUUUAAUUAAAACCAACCUUAACAUGUCUGCUAGCUCUACUGCACAGAUAAUCAUCCCACUUAAAAUCCAGAAUGAUCUCCAUCGGCAGCAGUAUUCCUAUAUUGAUGCAGUAUGUUAUGAGAGACAGCUUCAUUGGUUUGCCAAAUUUUUUCCAUACCUAGUGCUUCUGCAUACCUUUAUUUUUGCAGCUUGCAGUAAUUUCUGGCUUUACUAUCCUAGUACAAGUUCCAGGCUUGAGCACUUUGUAGCAAUUCUUCAGAAGUGUUUUGAUUCUCCAUGGACAACACGUGCCCUCUCAGAAACAGUUGCUGAGCAGUCUGUGAGGAAGUUGCCAGUUGCCAAAUCAAAAGCAGUGAUUUCAUCGCCUGGGAGUUCAGCAGAUGUAGGUGCCAGCAGACAGUCCCUGCCAUAUACACAACCUGGCUUGGAAACAACCGGAAGAGAAAAUUCAAGUGUUCUUGACAAAAAAGAAGGAGAACAAGCUAAAGCUAUAUUUGAAAAAGUGAAGAAAUUCAGAGUGCACGUUGAAGAGAAGGAUGUCAUAUACAGAGUGUAUAUGAAACAGAUCAUAGUCAAAGUCAUUGUGUUUGUAAUAAUAAUAAUUUAUGUUCCCUAUUAUUUAUCCUUUAUUAAACUUGAAAUUGAUUGCAUAGUUAAUGUACAAGCCUUUACAGGCUACAAAAGGUACCAGUGUGUUUAUUCGCUAGCAGAGAUUUUUAAAGUUUUGGCUUCAUUUUAUGUUGUUUUAGUGAUCUUCUAUGGCUUAACUUGUACAUAUAGCUUGUGGUGGAUGUUAAGAAGCUCACUUAAGCAAUAUUCUUUUGAGAAGUUGAGAGAGAAAAGUAACUACAGCGAUAUACCUGAUGUAAAGAAUGACUUUGCAUUUAUUCUCCACUUGGCAGACCAGUAUGAUCCUCUUUAUUCCCAGCGAUUUUCAAUAUUCUUGUCUGAUUUGAGUGAAAACAAACUGAAACAGAUAAAUCUGAACAAUGAAUGGUCAGUGGAAAAACUGAAAAAUAAGCUAGUAAGAAAUUCCCAGGACAAGGUUGAACUUCACCUUUUCAUGUUAAGUGGUCUUCCAGACAGUGUCUUCGAACUGACAGAAAUAGAAGUCCUAAGCUUGGAACUUAUUCCUGAAGCGAAACUUUCUUCAGCUGUGACCCAGCUAGUCAAUCUCAAAGAUCUCAACGUUUAUCAUUCAUCAAUAACUAUGGAUUAUCCAGCAGUGAGCUUUUUAGAAGAAAAUCUGAAAACGUUGCGGCUGAAAUCUAGUGAGAUGGGAAGAAUUCCAUUUUGGGUAUUUCAUCUGAAAAACCUCAAAGAAUUGUGCUUAACAGGAUAUUUCAUGCUUGAUCAUCACAACUCCAUUUACAAUGAAAGCUUUCAGGGGCUAAAAAAUCUGAGAUCAAUUCACUUAAAAAACAACCUUUCUCGCAUACCUCAAGUGGUUACAGAUCUUCUGCCUUCUUUGCAACACUUAUCUAUCAACAACGAGGGGAAUAAACUCAUAGUGCUAAAUAACUUGAAGAAGCUUGUGAAUUUGAGAACCUUGGAAUUAAUCUGCUGUGAUCUAGAGCGUAUUCCUCAUUCCAUUUUUACCCUAAACAACUUGCAUGAAAUUGACUUAAGAGAAAAUAAUCUCAGAACGGUGGAAGAAAUCAUUAGCUUUCAACAUCUUAAGAACUUGUCUUGCUUAAAGUUGUGGCACAACAGCAUUUCAUAUAUCCCAGUGCAAAUUGGUGCAUUAUCAAACCUGGAACAAUUGUAUCUAAAUUACAAUAAUAUUAAAGAUGUUCCAUUGCAGCUGUUUCUUUGCAAAAAGUUACAGUAUUUGGAUCUUAGCUAUAAUAAGCUAACCUCCAUCCCUGAAGAAAUCGGUUAUCUGAGCAAUCUACAGUACUUGGCUUUGACUAAAAACCAUAUUGAAAUGUUGCCUGAUAGAUUGUUUCAGUGCAAAAAGCUGCAAUUUCUUCUUCUGGGAAAUAACAGUCUGAUGAAUUUGUCCCCUCUUGUGGGCCAGCUACUGAAUCUUGUUCACUUAGAGCUCAUUGGAAACUAUCUUGAAUCACUUCCUGCUGAACUGGAAGAAUGUCAGUUCCUAAAACGGAAUAGUCUAAUUGUAGAAGAAAGGCUGUUAAAAACACUUCCACCUCGUGUAAGAGAUCGCUUGCAGACCAGCUCAGAUAAGUGCUAAGCUCAAACUAAAACUCUGCAUCAGUGCAUCCUGUAAGCCUUCUUGCUUAAUACUCUCUUAAGGUCUGUAUAGAUGGAGAGAAUAGCAGUUUACAGAUUAGUCUUAAAUGCAUUGAACAGAGUUGAUUGUAUUGGGAAAGAAAAACAUACUUAAACAAAAAAUACAGCCUUUGACAGGUAAUCAUAUGUUUAGAAAAUCUGAAAUAUGAAUUGCUGGUUGGAUUCUGAUUGAAAUAAUUUGAUUAAAUUCUAAUGUAUUGGAAUGGAAGAGUUGAUUGCCUGGCUAUCAUGAGUUUGUAUAUACUUUCUUUCCUAUGAGGAAAUUUUUUCUGUUGGUAGUGAUAAUUUUAAACAGUUUCAUCUCCUGCCAUAUGAGGCCUAAGAACUGUCUGGAAUUAGUUUCUAAAUGCGAAGUCUUCACUAACUUAGAAUGCUAAAUAAAAAAUUUAAACUUUUCAAGCAGUUCAAUUGCAUGGGAUAUACUGAAAAUCUUUUUCACGGUACCUUAACUUUUGAAGGUUUUUGACAAGUACUGAGUGUUAAUUCUAUAAUUGUGGAAGAUGCCAUUUAAAUCUUGCUAGUAAAGCCAGUUGGACAACAAUACCUGAAACCACUUCCAAUAUUUUGUCUUAAAGAUAGUAAGUACAAAACAAAACAUUGCCUAGAAAUUUGGAUGAAUCAGGACAAUCUAGAGUAAGUGUUGUGCAUGUGUACUAAUCAAAUCUUACAGUACUGAUCAUAAAGUUGGCAAACAGCACAAAAUUACAAAGUUGUCUUCUGUAUGUUGUGAGCAUCCCAAAUGUUAAGUGUAAUGUAUGUUGUUAUUUAAUGUUUUUCAAUAGCCUCUCACUUACUGACUGCCUCAAUGCUUCUUCUCCAUGCCCAGUUAUGAUAUUUUAGUGACUGGGAAGAAAAUGAAAGAGGUUUAGGACUGAAAGACACAGUUAGAACAAACCAAAUAAUCACUUAAUACUUAGUAAGUACUUGAGAAGGAAAAAUAAGAGUUAUAAGCCUUGUCUCUUCUAGGAAUUGAAUAAUUUCAUAAAUUACAGUGAUGAAAUGAGUUCAUAUGCCAUCCUUAAUACUUGCAACACUGGAUGGAAAUAAAAUGUUUCCUGACUUACUUCA